AUGCAUGCUCUGAUGGAGAACCAGAAGAAAAAUGCCACUGAGGUGACUGUCAAGAUCGACAACAUGUAUUCUGAGCUGAAUGGGAGAAUCGAAUCGUUAAACUCUCACAUGAGAGUGUUGGAAAACCAAGUGGCACAAUCGGCAGCUAGAGUCAAGGCACCUCCAGGAACACUUCCAGGAAAGAACGAGGCUAAUCCAAAAGAAUAUGUGAAUGUCGUCACCCUUCGAAGCGGCAAGGAGCUUCCGAAACCACAACAGAAAGCAGGGAAUGACCGAUCCAGCGGCGGGACUGACCAGUCUAAAACACAAAAUCAGGAAGGCAACCAUGACAAAGUUCUCAACAACAUUCCUGAUGAUGUUGUUAAACAUGGAUCAACAGUUCCUGAGGAAAAACAACCCAGCGGACUGCAACAACCCUAUGCACCCAGACUACCUUUCCCUACUCGCCGUAAAUCAAAGAUUCAGGAGCGAGAGUAUGAGAAGCUGAAGUCAGUAGUAGGAGAGCUUCAGGUUAGACUUCCUUUCAUCGAAGCAGUAAGGAUGGUUCCAGCUCUUAAGAAGUAUAUGAAGGAAAUUUUAACGGACAAGCUCAGUCUGGAGAAAGGAGUGAUGUACCUCACACAAGAGUGCAGUUCUAUGCUCCAAAAUCGAAUGCCUGAAAACUGUGGGGAUACGAGACCAUUUACCUUGCCUUGCACGAUAGGAGAUCUCAAGUUCAGCAAAUGCCUCUGCGAUAUGGGAGCGAGCGUGAGCCUUAUGCCACUCAGUGUUGCGACACGACUUGGCCUCUACACCUUCAAACCGACCCAAGUCACCCUCGUCCUUGAUGAUCGUUCCACUCGACGCCCAGAAGGAGUGUUGGAGAACCUACCAGUGCAAAUUGGGAACUGCUACAUUCCUACUGAUUUCAUAGUUCUGAAGCUUGACAAGGAAUCCCAAGAACCGAUUCUACUUGGAAGACCUUUCUUGGCCACGGCUGGUGCGAUGAUAAACGUCAAGGAGGGAAAGAUUGAUUUACACAUGGAUGAUCUGAUUUUGGGAUUCAAUUUGGAGAAAGCAGCCAAGAAACCUACGAUUGAUGGUCAAACUUUCUGGGUUGAUACAAUAGGUGAAAUAGCUGAUGAGAUCUAUGAUGAAGUGUGUACAAGUGAUCAUUUGGCUGUAGCACUCACCAAGACGGAACCAGAGCUGGGAUAUCUCUCUGAGAAGACUGAGAACUUGGCCAGAACACUCGAUGCUGCAGCAGUUCUGAAACAUGAAGUCCUAUUCAUCAACCUGUAA